AUGUCUAUGCCCAUCUACAACAUGGCAGGGAUGGGUAGCAUUCCCUGGGCGCCGCUGUCGUCUCUACACCAGACCCUUCAAACACUCUCUCUAUAUCAUGGUUCGCACUGGAGCUGACCGACCACCGAGCAAACUACAGAAGCUCAGACACAAGAUACUGCGCAUUUCGCGCAGCAUCGGGUACGAACUGGCAGACUUGCAUGUAGGACAGGUCGAUUUGUACCACAGCCAGCUCAUGCUUGCUGGAGCCAUGCCUGCCUUUGCCCUGUUUCCACACAGCUCGCCGCGACAAAACCGGCCGCUGCGCCACUGGAACUCGGCCGACGGUGUUAUGGCUGACCACAAGCGGGCCGAUCCUGAUGGCAUAGCCGAUGCAGUAACUCUGUGCGGCGAGCAGCCAGCACCUGCCAGACAAUAAAACACACGGCUAACGCGGAUUGGCUCAGACCAGGCUCUUUUCUCUUUCCAGCUUUAAAAUCAUUUACCCUCUCCAUUCGCAAUGGUCGACGCUGGACUGCUUCUCGCCUACUCGGUCAUUGGGACCAUGGCUGUGGCGCCAAUUUACUUUGGCUCGUUUGACUCGCUGGACCGCCUGAAGAGCAGCUACAAGAAGAAGGCGCGGCCGCAAUUCGCAGAGUUCUCCGACUCCGAGGACGAGGACGACAGCGAGACCGAGUCGGUCUCAGCCGAGGACGCGUACAUGUUCCCGGUCUACGGGUCAGCGGCGCUGUUCUCAAUGUACCUAGUGUUCAAGUAUCUGAACAAGGACUGGGUCAACGUCCUGCUGUCAGGCUACUUUGCCAUCAUAGGCGUUGCCGCGCUCUCGCAGGUCAGCGUCAAGGUCGUCAAGAGCGUCGCCAAGGUCAAGCUGCCGCUGUACCACGUCCACAUCGUGCACAAGUCAAAGUCGAUCUUUAGCUUCCGCUUCAGCAACCUGCACAUUGCAAUGCUGGGCACGUCGGCGGUGGUCACUGGCUUCUACCUCUGGUCAAAGAACUGGAUUGUGUCGAACCUGUUUGGCCUCGCGUUCUCGUUCUCGGCCAUCGGCCUCAUUCGCCUGGACUCGUUCAAGAGCGGCAUGAUCAUGCUCGGCGGCCUGUUCGCCUACGACAUCUUCUGGGUAUUCGGCACCGAAGUCAUGGUUUCGGUGGCCAAGAACUUUGACGCGCCAAUCAAGGUCGUAUUCCCCAAGGAGCUGCUUCCGGUAGAUGGCGCUCUAAAGUUCACCAUGCUGGGUCUGGGCGACAUCGUCGUGCCCGGCAUUUUUGUUGCGCUGUGCCUGCGCUUCGACCGCCACCGCUACCUGGCCAGACUCGGCUACGCCAAGGACAAGCACCUGCCUGAUGCGCUGGGCGGUCGCCACCACGGCUUCCUGUUCCCGGCGCCCUACUUCACGUCCUGCAUGAUCGCCUAUGUCGCUGGACUCGCCACCACCAUCACUGUCAUGCACACGUUCAAGGCAGCCCAGCCCGCGCUGCUGUAUCUGUCGCCCGCGUGCACGCUCUCGGUGAUCAUCACUGCCAUGAUCCGCGGCGAGCUGGGUGCCGUGUUUGCGUAUUCUGAGGACACAAAAUCAGAGAACGAAAAGGAGAGCGCUGAUGACAAGGAGGAUGUCAGCGAGCAGAAGGCGUUGGGCAACCUGCACUCUCGGCUCGACAGCCCCACACCCGGCAGCGGCAUGACCCCCACAAGCGCUGGAGAAAUGGCCGACGACGAGCAGGAAGGGAUCCGGGCGCGCAAGGUGCUGGACGAGAAGGUCGACCCCAUUUCGGACAUGUCUGACAACGAAUCGGAAGCCGUGUCCAAGAAAAAGAAGAAGGGCAAGGGCAAAGGCAAGGGCAAGGGUCGCAAGUAG